AUGGACACUAAACUAUCUGAAACGACCACCUCCAAACGUCGCGUGUACGCUGAUGCCAAUCAUGCUCCCGUUACGUCUGUCCUGCCCGAUGGCGAUGUGCCAUAUGCGGACCAUGAUAUGGAUGCCGAUGAGCGGGUGAUUAUGGCACUUGGUUAUAAGCAGGAGUUUAAGCGUGAAUUCUCCCUGUGGACGACGUUCUGUGUCAGUUUUGCCGUUCUUGGCCUGUUGCCGUCUUUCGCGAGUACCCUGUACUAUGGAAUGGGAUAUGCUGGUACGGCAGGCAUGGUGUGGGGAUGGAUUAUUGCUAUGAUCUUUAUUCAGUGCGUUGCGAUGUCAAUGGCUGAGCUAUGCUCGGCCAUGCCGACGAGUGGCGGUCUCUACUACGCAGCAGCAGUCCUCGCACCUCCCGGCUACGGUCCUCUAGCUGCUUGGUUGACGGGAUGGUCCAACUGGAUUGGACAGAUCACAGCAGCACCAUCAGUAGACUAUGCACUCUCUGCGAUGAUCCUAGCCGCCGUGUCUAUCAGCAACCCCGACUACGUCCCAACGACAUGGCAGACCUUCCUCUUGACUACGUUGAUCAUGAUCAUCCACGCAGCAAUCAGCAGCAUGCCCACUAAGCGCGUGGCCCAAUUCAACUCUUACGGAUCAACAUUCAACAUCAUCGCACUGAUUGCAACCAUCAUCGUUAUCCCCGCCGUAGCCAAAUCCGAGCCCAAGUUCACCCCCUCAAAGGAAGUCUGGGGCACCAUCACAAACCAAACCGACUUCCCCGACGGCGUGGCCGUCCUCAUGACCUUCGUCGGCGUCAUCUGGACAAUGUCCGGCUACGACUCUCCCUUCCACCUAAGCGAAGAAUGCUCGAACGCCAACAUCGCCUCCCCUCGCGCCAUCGUCCUCACAUCCGGCGUCGGCGGAGUAAUGGGCUGGUUCCUCCAGCUCGUAGUAGCCUACACAGUCGUUGAUAUCAGCGCCGUCAUCGACUCCGAUCUCGGCCAACCCUGGGCAUCCUAUUUGCUCCAAGUGCUACCCCAAAAGGCAGCCCUGGGUAUCCUGGGUCUAACCAUCAUCUGCGGUUUCUCCAUGGGCCAGGGCUGCAUGGUCGCCGCAUCACGAGUAACAUACGCCUACGCCCGCGACGACUGUUUCCCUCUCUCGCGAAUCUGGAAACAAGUCAACCCUUACACCCAAACCCCCGUCAACGCGGUAAUCCUCAACGCCGUGCUAGGAAUACUAAUGUGUCUCCUCAUCCUUGCCGGCUCCGUCGCUAUCGGCGCGUUAUUCUCCAUCGGCGCCAUUGCGCAAUUCGUCGCCUUCGCUAUCCCCAUUUUCAUCCGGGUCUUUUUUGUGGGACAUCGCUUCCGCAAGGGUCCUUGGCAUUUGGGUCCGUUUGGGCCGUAUAUUGGCGGGUUGGGCGUUGCUUUUGUUCUGCUUAUGGUGCCGAUUUUGUGUUUGCCGAGUGUGACUAAGGGGGAUUUGACGCCUGAUUUGAUGAAUUGGACUUGUUUGGUGUAUGGGGCGCCGAUGCUGGCUGUGUUGAUUUGGUGGGUUGUUGAUGCGCGAAAGUGGUUUACUGGUCCGAAGGUUAAUGUUGAGCAUUCUAUGCAUGCCGUUGUUAGUGAGGGCAUGGAGCCGGAGGAGCAUGCUGAUGCAGAGGUUACUACGACUUCGGCGAAAUCCGCUGAGGAUAAGUUGUAG